AUAUAUGAAUGUAGCUAGGGAUUCCGACUUGCUCAGAAUUUAGGAGGCAGAGUUGGUCAUGGGAAAGACUCGGGGCAUGGGACCAGGGCGUUCUUCACGCAAGAGGAGACCACCUUACCGUUCUCUAUUCCGACCUCUCUCAGUCGGAGAAAGAGGCUUACAACGAAAGAGAUUGGCCGCACUGAGUCGCAUGAAGAAUACACUCGGCUCUAAAGUCUCGUUGCCUAACCAAUCAGAUAAGAGCCUGAAGAGAACUGAUCAGACCACUCUUGUCUCCGGAACUGAUAUUCAGGGAAAGUUGUCGUCUGAUGUUGUUGCUAGCACCUCGAAGCCUCAGACGUCAUCAUCAAGUUUGGUCGGGAUGAAGAAAACACUAGGUUCUCAAGUCUCGUUGCUACGUUGUUCUACCUGUAUGCAAAUAAUCCAGUCCGAUAAGAGUCUAAAGGGAUCUUCUGAUCAGGAUCAGACCACUCUUGUCUCCCAAAUUGAUAUACAGGAUCAGACCACUCUUGUCUCAGGAAUUGAUAUUCAGGAAAAGUCGUCGUCUGAUGUUGUUGCUAGCACCUCGAAGCCUCAGACGCCAUCACCGAGUUUGGUCGGGAUGAAGAAAACACUAGGUUCUCAAGUCUCGUUGCUACGUUGUUCUACCUGUAUGCAAAUAAUCCAGUCCGAUAAGAGUCUAAAGGGAUCUUCUGAUCAGGAUCAGACCACUCUUGUCUCCCAAAUUGAUAUACAGGAAAAGUUGUCGUCUGAUAUCGUUAGUAGCACCUCCAAGCCUCAUCAAGGUAAGCAUCUCCGAUCAAGUUCAAAGAUGCACAAGCCCAAAGCUUUUCUAAAGAAGAAGAAGAAGAAGAAGAGCUCACGCAAAGCUGUAUCCACCACCUAAGUUACCACCACUAUCUAUUUCCUCUCUUUUUCUUUUUUUUUGUACCUUUUUAUGCUUGAUCACGACUUAAGUUAUGUUGUGCAAUCCUUGUCAUGAUAAUGUGCCCGUUGUCUUUUAUCGUUGCAAAAUAAUUGCUAGUCAUUAAUUUGAUCA